AUGGCAGCUCGAUAUGUUCCACCUGGAGCCAGAUCUAAAGAAAUACAGGGCUGUAAUUCAGUAAAUCAGGCAGAAGACCGCCAGAGGUCACUAGCUGAAUUAGUAGCCAAAGAUGAAAAGACAGAUAUUUUUACUGUCAAACUGAGAUCAGACAACUCAUAUGGUAAGGACUGUAAAGAUUACAAGUGAAAAGCCCUUUAAGGCACAUAAUUUGUGUUUCUGUGUUAGUGUAAGACUGGGAAAAUUAUAAAAAUAAUGUUGUAUAGUUUCUAACAAAAUUAAAUUGACUGUUCUAAAAGUUGCCAUUAUCAUUUCUCUUCAUGCCAGGAGUACAAAAACUGUAAAACUCUUAACAGUGCGAAUGCCAGCUUUUCGCUUAUUUUACUACUCUCCCUAAAACGGCAUACAAGUUUACAAGAGUUCUCAGUGAUAUUUAAUCACUUAGUUUAAGUUACAAAGACCCAUUAGGAUGUACACUUGGAUGACUUGUCUAAGAAAUAACAACACUCUCAUUUUUCAGAUAAUAUUCCCUUUAAAAUGGUAUCUGAUACAGAAAACAGUGAUCACCCAAAAACUCAACAGUUUAAAUUCCCAUUUGGAUAUAAACAGCUUCGCGAACUUAUGCUGGUAAGUUGAUUACUACAAAAGUUGACCAUUUUCAGAAAACAAAUUCUGCAUGGAUGUACAUCAUAUGCAUUGUAAAAAUAUCUAAAACUUUCCGUUUAACAAUUCAAAAUACCCUCUACACAAUCUUGUAAAGCCAAUCCUCAGGAAUGUCACAAAAAAGUUUAACUUAAAAGAGCUACUUGACCUGUGCAUCUUUCCAGGAAUGAAUCCUGAAUUUUAUUAUUGGAUUUCUUGCCCAAAUUUAGGGUAGCAUACUUGGCUGUUUUCAGACAGCAUUAUUGUGAAGUAAUUUUAAUUAUUUUUUUUUUCAAUUGGAUUGAUUGGCUUAUCUGAUAGUUUCAAUGAAAACCAAACCAGGUGGCAGGGAAGGCAUGAGGAAACCUUCCCACCCCCUCCCCCCAGGGCUUUCAUUUUUGGGUCCCCUGUGCUGAAGUUCAUGUGUCAAUCAAGAACUGUAUUUCUGCAAAACAAUGCCAGAGGUAGGGUCCUUAAAGUGCUUGACUUGCUUUUUUGCAGUGGUUUCGUGAGAUUGGUUGGAAAGACCAAGAUGCAGUACUUCAGUUUCCCGCAAGUCUCGCAAAAGAACAAAGAAAACUUGUCCAUGAAACUGCACAAAGUUUUGGCCUGGGAACCUCAAGUUCUGGGUUUAAAGAAACGGUUGGUUAUUUUGCAUAUUUUUAUACUAAUUUGUUUAGGGGCUGGUUACAUGGAGGGAGAAACAUCCUAGCACCAAGAAGAUCUAAGAAGGCUGAUCAUCCUUCAGCUAUUGUUACUUUUUUGUAUUCAGUGUACAUGCAAAAGGUUGUACUUUUCCCUAGUACUAGGAUCUUCCUUAAGCUGAAGAUCCUAGGACCAUCAGGCAUGGAUCUAGGAUAAAAACUGAUGGAUUUCCUAAACGAGCUCAAACAAAAACAAGCCUAGUGGGGUGCAGGGGCGGGCUUCCCCAGGAAAUUGUUCGGAUUAAUUUUUUACUCCUUAAAGUCCCCUUUCCUGGGUUUCCGAGUCAUUCAGACAGAAUAUUGGCCAGAUUUCAACUUGGAAAGUGUUUUUGUUAUUGACAAUAUGUUUAUUAUGAAAAAUGUGACCAAUUUCCGUAAAACGGUGGAAACUGGACUUGUGGAACUGUGCCUGACCUGCAUAUAAACUGCCUUUGCUUGGAAGAUCCUUGUACCACCAGGGACAAACAGUGGCUAAUCAUGGCAAUAAAGGCUGACCAUUUCAUUUGGUGUUACCAUGAGCCAAUGAUUGUGAUAACUCUGCUAGUUAUUAAGGCCAGUUAACAGAAGGGUGCAAAUUGCAUGUUUAUUUUUGUAUUCCAUCAUUUUUAAUUCCUUCUCAAUCAUUCUCUACUUGGGCACCACACAGACCAAAUUUCUGCAUGUAAACCCAACAAGAAGUUGCUCCACCUUUUAGGAUCUUCCUCCCCCAUGUAAACAGCCCCUUAAAGUAGGCCUAAAUAAAAAGACCCUAUACUGCAUGCCAUAAUUUUAGCAUUGUAAGUUGUUUUUCUUUCAUAAUAAAUUGAUUCUUUUUUUCUAGCGUUACAUCAGUAUUUAUUCAGUGGAGCAAGCCACCCUGGGAGUUGGAAAAGUGUACCUCACAAAAGAAGAACGGGAGAAAGCCAAUACAAUAUGGAGACUAGUUAAACAUGAAGAAGAUGAGAGAUACAAGAAGUUCAGUCACAACGAAAUAGAUGAAAUGGUUCUUGCAAAUAAGUUGGAUCCAUUGAUUCAGGAAUUAUGGGAAAAGAAAAAAUCACUGUCGGUAGAAGAGGAAUUCAAAGAAAAAUGUAAAGUUGCUGAUGAAAAAUAAAGACAUGGUUUUUGAAAUAGAUCAAAGCAAGUUUGUCUUGUGAAAUGAACAUGAAAUCAAAUCUUUAUUACAGUGCAAAAUAUACUGUAACUGGGGCCAUGGUAGACAAAGUUGACCAAUCAGAUUACAGGAAAAUAGCAAAACAUAAUCAAGAAAGUUGGUUCGUGGCCAAUCAGCAGCUCAUAAAAGUUACUUGAAGCACAAAAUUUAAUAUUGAUAGCAAACGUUUUUUGGGAAAAAAUGUUUCAUCAGACAAUGUUUAUCUAUUUGAACUUUGGAUACAAAUUAUUAACACCCAGGAGACAAUUAUUCAAGAAAGGCAUCUGCUCUCGCAGGCUAUGGAAUUUGACUCAGUCAUUAUUUCAAGCAGCUAGAUAUUGUACAAUCAACUCCUGAUAAUUCAAACCUUCAAAUGAAAUAAAAAAAUGUUCCAGUUAUCCGGAGUUCAAGUUUUGGGGUUGAAACUAUAUUAUAGGAAACAAACUGCAGGCCGGGGGAAAAGAAAAUUGCUUUGAAGUUCUAAAGCAGGAGGUUCAAGUUAUGGAGGGUUCGAGUUACCAGGGGUUGACUGUAUAAAAAAUCAUGACUAACUUAUCUCUGGGAUGUUGUGUGUACAUCAGUUUAAGUGAUUAAUUUUGAUCCGUGUUUUAAAAGCUGUCACCAUUGCGACUAGUGAACACUUAAACUUUAUAUUGACAAUUUUUGUGGUUAGUCACUUUUUGACUGCUAUUAACUGUGUCCUCUGAAUGGAGAUUAAACCCAGUUUUCUGGACUCAAAAAAAGUGUCCCUUUCCCCUGAAUGGGGAAGUAAAUAGAGGUAACAAAUAAAACAUUUUGCAGGCCUGGGCCGAAUUUCAUGUCCCCUGAUAAAUGGACGUGUCCCUUGAAUAGAGGUGUCCCAAAGGAGAAUGUUCCACUGUAGCCACUGUAGAAGAAAUGAAAGAUCUCCUGAGACCAUUCAUUCAUUGCCUGUAUUUAUUUUAUGCACGGAAAAAUUUACACCAAAAUAAUACGAGACAGUGGGAAUCCAUCUUAACAAAAGUCACAGAAACAAUAAAUGCUAUGGUAAAGUUUUAUUUCAUUCAGUACAACUACAAAGGCAACAGUAACAUUAUUGCCAGUGACUAUGUUUUAAAAAUUCUGUUGGUG